GUACCACUCAUGACGACGGCAACUACUGUACCACUCAUGACGACGACAACUACUGUACCACUCAUGACGACGUCAACUACUGUACCACUCAUGACGACGGCAACUACUGUACCACUCAUGACGACGACAACUACUGUACCACUAAUGACGACGGCAACUACUGUACCACUCAUGACGACGGCAACUACUGUACCACUUAUGACGACGGCAACUACUGUACCACUCAUGACGACGGCAACUACUGUACCACUCAUGACGACGGCAACUACUGUACCACUCAUGACGACGGCAACUAAAAAUCCAGUUUCGACAACGACAAUCCCUUAUCCACUUUGGAGGAUAAUACCUACUACAAGGUCCCCGCUGCCCACAGUCCUCACCACAACACGAACCACAAUCCUUCCCACAAUCCUCACCACAAGACGCACCAGUGUUACGACAACGCCACGAAAAUCUGGAUUCUUAGAUAUUUUAAGCGGCUUGGGUAUUGGCAGGCGCUAGGAGAUAGUCUUGUUAUAUAUUGUUAAGCGGUAGAAGAUAGACUUCUUUUAUAUUGGUAGGCGCUAGGAGAUAUUCUUGUUUUAUAUUGGUAGGCGCUAGGAGAUAUUCUUGUUAUAUAUUGGUAGGCGCUAGGAGAUAUUCUUGUUAUAUAUUUGUAGACGCUAGGAGAUAUUCUUGUUAUAUAUUGGUAGGCGCUAUAGGAGAUAUUCUUGUUAUACAUUGGUAGGCGCUAGGAGAUAUUCUUGUUAUAUAUUGGUAGGCGCUGGGAUAUAUUCUUGUUAUACCUUGUUAGGCGCUGGGAUAUAUUCUUGUUAUAUAGUGGUAGGCGCCGGGAAAUAUUCUUGUUAUAUAUUGGUAGGAGCUAGGAGAUACUCUUGUUAUAUUGAGUCGUGUUUGAGUGGAAUUAGACUAGGUUUUGAACUGAAUUUGAGUGGGAAUUGACUGGUGUUUGAUUGGGUUCUGAGGGGUUUAGAGUUGUGUUUGGGAGGUGUUUAAGUUGGGUUUGAGCCAUGUUUGAGUUGGGUUUGAGUCAUGUUUCAGUGGUAUUUCAGUGGGG